UACCAGGAUCUGAAAUAGAUCAACCAGGAUCUGAAAUAGAUCAACCAGGAUCUGAAAUAGAUCAACCAGGAUCUGAAAUAGAUCAACCAGGAUCUGAAAUAGAUCAAUCAGAAUUUGAAACUGAUCAGCCAGGAUCUGAAACACCACAACCAGAAUGUGUUACACAGCCAGUGACUGGACCCCAGCAGCCAAUAUACAGACCCCAGCAACCAAUGUAUGGACCCCAACAAUCAGUAUAUGGAACACAACAACCAGCAUAUGGAUUCAAACAGCUAGUAUACAGGCCCCCACAACCAGUGUAUGGACCCCAACAACCAGUGUAUGGACCCCAACAACCAGUAUACAGGCCCCAACAACCAGUUUAUGGACCCCAGCAAUCAGUGUAUGGACCCCAUCAGCCAAUAAACAGACCUCAGCAACCAGUAUAUAGACCCCAACAACCAGUAUAUAGACCCCAACAACCAGUAUAUAGACCCCAACAGCCAGGACACGGACCCCAACAGCCAGUAUGCAGACCCCACCAACCUGUGUAUGGACCCCACCAACCUGUGUAUGGACCCCACCAACCAGUAUAUAGACCCCAACAACCAGUAUAUAGACCCCAACAACAGUGUAUGGCCCAACAACCCAUGGUCAGUUAUAGAAGUCAGCAGCCACAAUACAGACCUCCGCAAACAUUGUAUGGACCAGUAUAUAGAACCUAA